UACUGAAACGAAUCGUUUACUGUAGGCAAAAAUACAAUACUGCUAAAAUUGUUUCUCUUCGAAUGAGUUUUUUAAAAAAGUGUGAAAUGAUAAGUGCACUUACGAUGUACGUGAUUUUCUCAUUCACGUUAGCGGGAUAAAUGUGGAUAUAUGGGAUAAUGAUGAAUGUAUUGACAACCAUUUUAUCCAAAGCAUCGUUCAAAAAUACCAGUUUAAGAAAAAUGAGAAGCCUUAUCGUCUUGGUCAUAUGUCUUAGCUCAGUCUUAUCACAAUGGACACAACCUUACGUAAAUAGCCCACAGCACACAUGGUCUGCUGUAGAUAAUGGAGAAAAGUUAUCGUCAUGGAAUGGGAGAAACGCAAAUACUAACGUUGCUCCUUUCACUCAAUCCCAUUGGUCUGGAAAAGCACAGGUUUCCCAAACCGGUAGUCUACCAAGAGAGUACCAGUUUAAUGGUUGGAAAGCGAUGUCAUCUUACUCAAAUCCCACACAAGGUCAAUCAAUGAACCUUGAGAACUAUCACACCAGUGAAAGUUACCCAAUAUUGUCAGAAUCGUCAAUGCACCGAGGAGUCACGGUCGGACCCGAGUCCACUACGACUGAAUUCGUUACAAAAGAUCAACGUGAGGAGGAUGUUCAUGAUAAAAGAAGAAACGAGACAAAAAAUUCUAAUCCCGGUUGUGAAGUGAAACAGGAUUUAUCAGAAAAUGAAUACGAAAAGCAACUACUGACAGAAAUUAAUAAAUACCGUUUCAUGCACGGAGCUGCACAACUGCUAACUAACACACUUCUGGAGAGAAAAGCUAAAAAUUGGGCAGAGAAAAUGGCGGCUGCAGAUCGAGAAUUUCUUGACGUCAACUCUCCUCAUGGACAGUUAACUUUCUCAGGACCAAGUGGUCUAACACCAAAUGUUCAAGUGGCAGCUGCAAGACAUUGGUACAACAGAAUCAAAAACUACGCUUGGGAUGAGCCCGCCAUCUCAACAAAAUCUAUACAAUUUACCCAACUAAUAUGGGCAGGAACAAAACAAGUUGGUGUUGGAAUCGCCAAUAAUUGCAAGAGUCAAAGAUCUUAUGUUGCGGCAUAUUUUGCACCAAAAGGAAACGACAGAUUGCACAUCGCUGAAAAUGUUUAUCCUGUAACAGCGACAAGAGCAGACAAAGGAGCAGAUAAUUGCCCAACCGGUUGGCAUAGAAUAAAGAAAAGAUGCUACAGGUAUUUCAGCAACAACGUGAAGUGGUCGGAAGCUGUCAAUCUCUGCGAUGACGAACAAAGCUCGUUGCUGACAAUUGAGAGCUCUGACGAAGAGAUCACGAUAAAAGUAUUCUUGCUAAAGACGAGGGAACGGAGGCCUGGAUCGGGCUUAGUGACCGCGUCCAUCCGGACACGAAAAAUAUGAUUUGGGUAGACGGCAGUCCUAUCACCUACUCCAACUGGUACGCGUAUCAAGAUAAUAAAAGAGAAGGACGUAUGUGCGCCACACUUUCGAUGCUGAAUGGUGGAUGGAUGUAUCGACCAUGCAGUCAAAUGUUUGGAUUUAUUUGUAAAAAGAGAAUAAAAGGAAUUGUAACCUAUUGGGUGUCCCUGAAUUUUCCCGAAAAGUUCUGGUCUGACAACUUGAAAAAUGAAGAAAGUUUACGUUAUAAAGCAAUGAAACGACAUUUGGAAAAUGCAAUAAUGAACUUGUAUGCAGACGAUGACUGGUUUGUUGAUAUGUCAUUCGAAGGCUUCAGUCAAUCACCAGAUGAUAAAAUAUUAGCUGACUUCAAGAUAGCAUUCUCGCCUGACGGUGACGCACCUUCGGACCCUCUCAAGAAUCUACGGACAAAGCUCGAAUCAAAUGGACUUGUAGAAGGGGAGAAAACGUUUAUACAAAAUGCGUCCUUGCUUGAGGAUGAUUGAAAUGGCAACGGCGACCGUUACUAAGGUAAACAGUGAUAAAGAUUGGAUUAGGGAUCAGGUAUUCUGAAGAGUAGAAAUCUUCUAAUGACAAGAAGGAUCGUGAUCAAGAAGUAACUUUGGAUUAAUUGAGAUAUUGAAAACUUCUUAGUGUUUGAAAACACGUUUAAACAUACUGAAAACACGUUUAAACAUAUUGAAAACACGUUUAAACAUUUUGAAAACACGUUUAAACAUAUUUAAAACACGUUUAAACAUAUUGAACACACAUUUAAAUAUAUUGAAAACACGUUUAAACAUUUUGAAAACACAUUUAUAGAUGUUGAAAACACGUUUAAACAUAUUGAAAACACGUUUAAACAUAUUGAAAACACGUUUGACGUUCAAAACGAUCGCUUGCAAAGCACACAUGCAGUUUUGAGCCGAACUAUCACACUAACGGGUUACUUCAUUUGAAAAAUCGUCGUACAAGAUUCGCCAUAUUUUGGACCAUAUUUUUUGAGAGUCGAACCGUAAUUUGUUAGAACACUUAUCUUUAGUUCGCGUAUUGAUAUUAAAUGUAUUCAGUUAUUGAAAAUAUAAUACAAUUGUGAUUAAUUGUUAAGAAGCAGUACAUACGACCAUAAUUCAAAGAAACUCAUGCUUAUUUCCUUGAAAGUAGGAUCGUGCAACCUUGUAAGCUAAAAAAUGAUCUUAUUAAGAAUAAACGUCAUCAGGUUUUUUA